AUGGAUGCAGAGACCAAGAAGUGUGAACUAAUAGCAAGUGGCCAGGACAAGAAUAUGAGAGCAACAGAGCAACGGUUGGUUGAUACACUAGCUCAGGGGCCAAGAUCGGCCAACGUGGGCAGGGCAAAGUUUCUAGCUGUGGGUGACUUCAAUCAAAAGGAAAUUGAAUGGGAAAAGCUGGAACCUCAUGGAGUACCAGAACUUUGGAGAUCUAAGGCUGCAGUGAACGCCAAGGAUCCUGCCAUCCUGGGAAGUAGCAGCUUACAAGUGACAAGCACUAACUUACCUGCUGGGUUUUGCAAGAAAUGUGCUACCAUGCCAGGAAAGGAGACACUAGUGUUCCCAGGAACACCUGUGUGUAUAUCCUCAGACACACGUCCCUCUCGUUCGCUCAUAGACUGGACACUCAAGGCUUCAAACUCCACCUUUGUAUUGAACAUCACUUGUGACUUGACGAACUUCCCAGUCAACCCUCAACCCACUGAUGAUCGACUCUUUCUUUCAACCGUUCGAAGACUGAGAACUUUCAGCCCCCGAGGACCUAGACACCUCAUUACAAAGUCUUAUUUCGCAUCUGUCAUCUUCUACAAGCAGAAUCGCCUCAUUAAAGCGCGAGUCUGCUGUUCCGUGUCUGCUUUGCAUGGGAAGAAUGUCACCACUUUGUCCACUGCCACAACAACCUCACCAGCCAACACAUCUGUUAUACCAAGCACUAAUUCAACAUUACCACUAUCAUGAUCAUCACCACCGUCAGAGUCACCACCUCCACCAGGAUCACUACCACCACAACCACUAGGAACGCCAAAACUAACAGGAUCAACACCACCAACAGCAUCACCCAAACCAACGGGAUCACCACCACCAACAAGAUCGCCGCCACCAACAGGAUCACCGAAACCAACUGGAUCACCACCACCAACAGAAUCACAGAAACCAACAGGAUCACCACCACCAACAGAAUCACAGAAACCAACAGGAUCACCCCACAACAGAAUC